AUGUCAAACGAAACGCAAGCUCUUACCUGGCUCGUCACCGGCUGUUCCUCCGGGAUGGGCGAAGCCCUAGUCCGCGCCAUUCUGGCCGAGGGCGACCAAUGGUCCCAACCGUCUUCUUCUCUAAAAGAUGCCGGUGCGGCUGUCUUCGACCUCGACGGAACCACACCCCAGGACGAGCUGAAUGCCAAGGCGCGCGAGAUCUGGGACAUCUACAGAAAGGUGGACGUGCUGAUCAACAACGCGGGAUAUAUUGACGCGGGGAUAGUCGAAGGAUUCGACGAGCCCUUCCUCAUCAAUGCCCCCCGCACCAAUGCCUUCGCCCCCCUCAACCUCACCCGGGCCUUCCUGCCAAUGAUGCGUGCCCGGAAAUCCGGCACCGUCCUAUUCACCAGCUCGGUAGGCGUGUAUUAUGGAGCACCCGGUGCCUCAUGCUAUACAGGCGGAAAGGGUCUGAUCGAAGUGGUUGUGCCAAACCUGGCCCUCGAGCUGGCGGCAUUCGGCAUCCGCACCUCGCUGCUGACUUACGGCUACUUUCGCACGGAGGUCAUGACCCCUGGGAAUCUCCAGCACCGGGCGCCUCGUCAAUUGCCCGAGUAUCCGGAUUUGAACCGGCUGGUAGUGGCUGGAUGUGCGGCUGCAAACGGGAACCAGCCAGGCGAUCCUCGCAAGGCGGCCACUGUGGUGGUGGAGGCGGUUAAGGGGACGGGCAGAUGCCAGGGAAAGCAGCUCCCGCUGCGGCUGCCCAUCGGGAAGGAUGUGCUGCAGGCUAUCCGGAAAGCUUGUGAGGAGAGGUUAACUAUCUAG